AUUGAAACGAACUAAACGCACCCCACUUGCUUUUGGCAAUAGCUGCUAAUCAGAGAAGGGAGACACGAUUGCCCUGUUUCCCGUAUUUGCGCAUUUUGUAUAGCCCUCCCCGCUGCUCUUAUUCAAACACAUCUGGCCUCAAUUUUCGCAAUUUCACUAACUAUAAAACGUUCUAUUUUCGCAUACUAUUUAGAACGCAAGUAGCUACGGGUAUUCGGUCAGUGGCGAGCAGAAGCAAAGCGGUGUGCCGUAAAUAGCUGUUUCUUUGGGAGUGUUUGUCGCUCAGCGGGUCGAGGUCUCAGGGUCUAACUGAGUGACUGAGUAUGAUCCAUAUAUUUUUCUCCUGGCUUGGACUCCAGGGACCGGGGCACAGCAGGACACCCCUAUGCCCUUCAUGGCGCACCUUGACCCGCAGAACAACGUCAACUUGAAGUGGGGGUUCAGUGAUGUCCAGGACACUAUCACGUUCCAGCUGACCGUGAAAACCACUGGCUGGGUGGGAUUCGGGUUGAGCCCAAACGGAGGCAUGGCUGGAGCAGAUAUAGUUAUUGGCGGGAUCGGACGAUAGCAACUACUUCAAGGUAUUUAAAUCCGUAAUCAUUGCUAUUAGACACAACCUUAUCAGUGUGUGUUCCUCCUUCAGGAUUAUCAUGCCACAGGGAAUGGGUUUCCCCUGGUGGAUGAGAAACAGACCUACACCCUCCUGUCCCUGAUUGAGGCAGAUGGUCAAACCACCAUGACCUUCUGGAGGGCCAUCCAGUCAUGUGACCAGGAAGACUUCCACAUCACCGACAGUCCAGUGAAGCUGAUCUAUGCCUACGUAUAUCUAAGAUGGCGUAGCAGUCAGAUGUCCAUUGUCCUCGUCUUGUCCCGUGUAUAUACAUUUUAUAUAUUUUUCUUCGCAUAUCUUUUUAUAUAUAUAUUCUUUUCUUAACUCAACUUCAAAACACUCUCCUGCAACCCACCUCACCAAAUGUGGUACGGAUCUGUUUUUUUUUUCUUAAAAGUAUUAUUCACCUCGUAUCCGAAAUCUACAACAGAAGCUAACCAGAAGUUAGCCAGCUCACAAGCUAACGUUAGUAGUUCAGCUAACCACAGCUAGCGCUCAUCAGCUAUCCUUUAGCUCGGAAAACUAUUGCCAGUUUUGUACAACGCUACUCAGACCAGAGCAUACCAGACCUAUUUUCUCUCCAUAUCCCCGGAUUUUUACCUCAAGCUCUGGACAUUUACACCUGGAUCUUGCAGCUAACUAGCUGCUAUCCGAGUGACUAUCGGCUAACAUCAAUUCCGGAGCAAACACCAAUUAUCCCGGAGCUAGCCAGCUGAAGAGUUCCAUCAGCCACUCCUGGGCUACAAUCACCUAUCCGGACCCGUUUUACUGCCGAUGCGGAGCCCCACCGGGCCUUCACGACUAGGAUACCGACGUUAUCUGCCCGAGGGAGUAUUUCAACCGGCCCCUCCAUUGCAACGUAACCUGAACGUCCAUAUACUAACUGCGGCCCGCUAAUUGUUAGCUGUCUUGAGCAUAUCGGCUGCUAUCUGAACAGGUCUAUCGAACAAUCUUCUUAGGCCACUAUAACUAUUUUGACAAUUGGAUUGGUCCCCUCUACCACACCGAACCCCACUAAUCUACCGACGGAAUUGCACGGCGUGGCUAAAAACAGACCUCCAUCUUCUGCUAGCUUGCUACCCAUGACUAGCUGUCUGAAUCACGAAGCUAGCACCAGUUAGCAAACACAAUUCUACAACUCACAACCUCUCUUUCGCCACCGCCAUCCGGCUUGGAUUCUCUGUCGACACGACCACGUCUGGUCUGCAGACAAAUACCCCAUCCGCUGUGCCCUCAACCGGCCUCCGUCUGAGCAGACCCCCUCCGUCUGAGCAGACCACCCCCCCGGGCUACUAACUUUAAACGCCGCGGGCUAGCUUAGUGGAGGCCUCACUACUCCAUCUACGGCUGCCCCCUGGACACUAUGAUCACUUGGCUACAUAGCUGAUGCCUGCUUGACUGUCCAUUAAUUCACGGUACUCCAUUCUGUUUAUUUGUGUUUUAUCUGUCGGCUCUGUGCCUUAACUCAGGAUCUGUGUGUAGUUAAUCCGAUCCUCUCUGCCCAGUCGUCGCCAUUUUUACCUUCUGUUGCUGUGUUAGCUGACUAGCUGCUGUUAUCUGACCUGCUGUUUUAGCUAGCUCUCCCAAUCAUGACCUGCAAUCACUUUAUGCCUUAUUGUAUGUCUCUCUCAAAUAUCAAUAUGCCUUGCAUACUGUUGUUCAGGCUAGUUAUCAUUGUUUUGGUUUGCAAUGGACCCCGUAGUUCCACUCUCCAUACCUCUGAUACCUCCUUUGUCCCACCCCCCCACACAUGCGGUGACCUCACCCAUUGAGACCAGCAUGUCCAGAGAUACAACCUCUCUUAUCAUCACCCAGUGCCUGGGCUUGCCUCCGCUGUACCCGUGUCCCACCAUACCCUGGUCUGCACAUUAUGCCCAGAAUCUAUUCUACCACGCCCAUAAAUCUGCUCCUUUUAUUCCUUGUCCCCAACGCUCUAGGCGACCAGUUUUGAUAGCCUUUAGCCGCACCCUCAUCCUACUACUCCUCUGUUCCUCGGGUGAUGUGGAGGUAAACCCAGGCCCUGCAUGUCCCCAGUCACCCUCAUUUGUUGACUUCUGUGAUCGAAAAAGCCUUGGCCUCAUGCAUGUCAACAUCAGAAGCCUCCUCCCUAAGUUUGCCUUACUCACCGCUUUAGCACGCUCUGCCAACCCUGAUGUCCUUGCCGUGUCUGAAUCCUGGCUUAGGAAGGCCACCAAAAACUCUGAGAUUUCCAUACCCAACUAUAACACUUUCCGUCAAGAUAGAACUGCCAAAGGGGGAGGAGUUGCAAUCUACUGCAGAGAUAGCCUGCAAAGUUCUGUCAUACUUUCCAAGUCUAUGCCCAAACAGUUCGAACUUCUAAUUUUAAAAAUUAAUCUCUCCAGAAAUAAGUCUCUCACUGUUGCCGCCUGCUACCGACCCCCCUCAGCUCCCAGCUGUGCCCUGGACACCAUCUGUGAAUUGAUCGCUCCCCAUCUAGCUUCAGAGUUUGUUCUGUUAGGUGACCUAAACUGGGAUAUGCUUAACACCCCGGCAGUCCUACAAUCUAAGCUUGAUGCCCUCAAUCUCACACAAAUCAUCAAGGAACCCACCAGGUACAACCCUAAAUCCGUAAACAUGGGCACCCUAAUAUUCUCUCCAAGGUGGCUUAGCAGUUCAGACGUCUUUUCCGUAUUGUCUUGUCGUGUCCUGUAUAUAUAUAUAUAUAUUUACACCUUUUCUUCACAUAUCUUUUAUUUAUUUUAUUAUCCAAGAACUCAACUACAAAAGCUUUCCUGCAAAAGCUUUCCUGCAACCCGCUUCACCAAUUACAAUAAGUAAUAUUUACCUCAAUCUGAAAAUCCAUCGUGGAAGAUAGCCAGGGGCUAAUUCAGAAGCUAGCCUGAUAGCUAACCAGAAGCUACUCCGAUAGCUAGCCAGAAGCUAAUCUGUAGCUGCCCCGAAAUUAGCCGGUUUGCUAGCUAGCGUUGGUGUUUCAGCUGCCCACGUUUUGCGGUCAUCAGCUAUUCCUUUAGCUCGAUAAUCUACCGGCACUUUUGUGCAACGCGACUCGGACCGGAGCAUUCCGGGACUUUUUUUCUCCCAGUUUCCCCGGAUUCCAACCGCAGGCUCUGGACACUUGCACCUUGAUUUCGCAGCUAGCUAGCUGCAUACCGUGUGACUAUUGGCUUACGUCGACCCCGGAGCAAACUCAAAUCAUGCUGGAGCUAGCCAGCUGAGGAGUUCCAUCACCAUCCGGACCCGUUUCUUUUGUUGCUGCUGCAGAUACGGAACCCCACCGGGCCUUCACGACUGACUGCCGACGUUAUCUGCCCGAGGGAUGUAUCCAACCGGCAAAUCCGUCCCGACGUUACCUGAACGCUCACCUGAAGCCCGCUAAUCGUUAGCUGUCCUAUCGGCUGCUAUCUGAACAAAACCCCACUACACGGAACCUACCGACGGAAACGCACGAGGUAUCUACAAACAGACCUCCAUCCUAUGCUGCUACCGAUAGCCAUAUACCCGGCCAGCCCCUACCAACCUCUACUCACUGGACCCUUACUGAUCACUCGAUUAAGCAUGCCUCUCCUUAAUGUAAAUAUGCCUUGUCCAUUGCUGUUCUGGUUAGUGUUUAUUGGCUUAUUUCACUGUAGAGAUUCUAGCCCUGCUCUCUAUACCAUAUCCAACCUAUCAGUUCCACCACCCACAUAUGCGAUGACAUCACCUGGUUUCAAUGAUGUUUCUAGAGACAAGAUCUCUCUCAUCAUCACUCAAUACCUAGGUUUACCUCCACUGUAUUCACAUCCUACCAUACCUUUGUCUGUACAUUAUUCCUUUAAACUAUUUUAUCGCCCCCAGAAACUUCCUUUUACUCUCUGCUCUAGUAGCU